AUGCGACGAGUUGAGAACUCAUUGCUGCUCGUCGCGGUGAACGGCGACUGGGCAUCUGUUAGUCCGGCGGGGGUUCAACAGAGGACGUUGGUUGUUCUGGUGGUCCGACGAGGGUCGUCGAUUUUAAUGUCCUGGGCGACGACGAUAGUGGAGGAAAGCGGCGGCGGUGGGAGCGGAAGAAAGGGGCGGCAACGAGAGUGGAUAAACGGGCGACGGACGAUGGCGAUGGUGGUGGCGGGCGAAUUUUCCGAUGAUGAUGUCGAAAAGCAGCGGGUGAACAUAGUCGUCGGCGAUGGUUUAGCGAAGGCUGCAUCCGUAGAUGAAUCCCAGGACUUGGUUGAGAAAACUAUUGAUUUGGUGGUCGUGGACUGCGCCAAUAAGGGUGAGCCUCAACUGGAGAGAAGUUCAACUUCCCAUGAAGAGUGCAGAGUAUGCCAAGAGGAAAAUGAAGAAGCCUUGAUCAAUCUUGGAUGUCAGUGUCGAGGCGGUCUCGCAAAAGCACACCAGUCUUGUAUAAUCAAAUGGUUUGGCACUCGAGGUUCAAAUAAAUGUGAGAUAUGCCAACAAAUUGCUUCGAAUGUUGCACCUCCUGAUUCCCAG